UUCGUUCAACUUUACAAAUCAAAAAUCAUCGAAGUUCAAACACAUUAUAAAAAAUGGCCCUAGUCCAUGAAAGGAAAAUGAUCGACCAAGUCUCCGGGUGGCUAACCCUCUUCGACGACGGCUCGGCCGAUCGCACAUGGGCCGGGCCGCCCGAGGUCAAAUUCAUGACCGACGCCGUCCCCCCACACGCCAACUUCAUCGACGGCGUCGCGGUCACCGACGUCACCCCCUCCGACUGCCCCAAACUCCGCAUCUACACCCCCGAGAGGCGCGAGACCGACCCGGAGAAACUCCCCGUCCUCCUCCACUUCCACGGUGGCGGCUUUUGCAUCAGCGAGCCCGAUUGGUACAUGUACUACGCGGUGUACACGCGCCUGGCCCGCGAUGCGCGCGCCAUCGUGGUGUCCCCCUACCUCCGCCUCGCCCCCGAGCACCGCCUCCCCGCCGCCUUCGACGACGGCGCCGCCGCCCUCCGGUGGGCCGGCGGCGGCGGCGGCGGCGCCGAUUCCGGCCGGAUUUUUUUGAUCGGAGACAGCUCCGGCGGGAACAUUGUCCACCAAGUGGCGGUCCGGGCGGCGGCGGAGGGGGUUCCGGUGGCCGGAGCGAUUCCGGUGCACCCGGGAUUCUGCCGGAGCGGGCGGAGCAGGUCGGAAAUCGAGAAUCCGGAGACACCGUUUCUGACUUUGGACAUGAUGGAUAAGUUUCUGGCGCUGGCGCUGCCGGAGGGGGCGACGAAGGAUCACCCGUAUACGUGCCCGAUGGGAACUGCGUUGCCGGAGCUUCCGCCGUAUUUGUAUUGUGUGGCGGAGGAGGAUUUGAUGUGGGAUACGGAGAUGGAGUUUUAUGAGGAGAUGAAGAGGGAGGGGAAGGAGGUGGAGCUGUUUGUGAGCAAGGGAGUUGGGCAUAGCUUCUACUUGAAUAAGAUUGCGGUGGAGAUGGAUCCGACCACGGCGGCGAGGACGGAGGAGUUGUUUCGGCGGAUUAAGGAGUUUGUUGACAAACAUUCGGUUUCGGUUUAAUAUUGGAAAGUGAUGUAUGAAUAAAAUAUUUGGCAUGUGUUUUUUUUUUUAAUUUGUGAAUGUGUUUUAUAAUUUGUAAUGUUAAGUUAUGGUUUGACUAAAUGUUGGAAAUUAUAUUUUAUGUAUAAUGAUUUUGUAUAAAUACUUUAGAGGAAUGUAUGUUAUUUUAUAGCCGA